AUGGGUUCCAAGAGGCGAAGAGCUACCUCGCCUUCCAGCAGCGUCAGCGGAGGAGACUUUGAUGAUGGCCACCACUCCACAAAUAUACCAGGCCCAAGCAGAAAGAGGAGGAGACUUUCCAAUCUCCCAACUGUAGAUCCGAUUGCUGUAUGCCAUGAACUUUAUAACACCAUCAGAGAUUACAAAGAUGAACAGGGCAGGCUCCUUUGUGAGCUUUUCAUUAGGGCACCGAAACGAAGAAAUCAGCCAGAUUAUUAUGAAGUGGUUUCUCAGCCAAUUGAUUUAAUGAAAAUCCAACAAAAGCUAAAGAUGGAGGAAUAUGAUGAUGUGAAUGUGCUGACUGCUGAUUUUCAGCUUCUCUUUAACAACGCAAAGGCUUACUAUAAGCCAGAUUCUCCUGAAUAUAAAGCUGCCUGCAAAUUAUGGGAGUUGUAUUUGCGCACAAAAAAUGAAUUCGUUCAAAAAGGUGAUGCAGAGGAGGAAGACGAAGAUGAGGACGGACAUGACAAUCAAGGCGCAAAUUCUGAAUUAUCAUCUCCAGGUUACCUGAAGGAAAUUCUUGAACAGCUUCUUGAAGCUGUAGCUGUUGCCACAAACCCAUCAGGACGCCUCAUAAGUGAACUGUUUCAGAAACUUCCUUCUAAAGUGCAAUAUCCAGAUUAUUAUGCAAUAAUAAAGGAGCCCAUAGAUCUUAAAACUAUUGCCCAGAGGAUACAGAAUGGGACUUAUAAAAGCAUUCAUGCAAUGGCCAAGGAUAUAGAUCUUCUGGCAAAGAAUGCCAAAACCUACAAUGAGCCUGGAUCACAAGUAUUCAAGGAUGCAAAUGCGAUUAAAAAAAUAUUUAAUAUGAAAAAGGCUGAAAUUGAACACAGUGAGUUGGCCAAGUCAAGUCUCCGAAUCAGGACUCCAUCAAAUUUGACUGCUUCCAAGCUGACAGGUCCUUCCUCACAGGGUAAAGGCAGUGUUGGUGAUGAGAGAAAUUCUUCUAACAAAUAUUAUCGUAACAAAAGGUCAGCCCAAGGGGAUCGUUUAUCAGCAAUAACCAUGGCAUUGCAGUAUGGAUCAGAAAGUGAUGAGGACGCAGCUUUGGCUGCUGCUGCUCGUUAUGAAGAGGGAGAAUCUGAAGCUGAGAGCAUUACUUCCUUCAUGGACACUUCUAAUCCUCUUUAUCAGCUUUAUGACACAGUUAGAAGUUGCCGAAAUAAUCAGGGCCAGCUCAUAUCUGAACCCUUUUUCCACUUACCCUCCAAGAAAAAGUAUCCUGAUUAUUAUCAGCAAAUUAAAGCACCUAUUUCAUUGCAGCAGAUCAGAACCAAACUGAAGAACCACGAGUAUGAAACUUUAGAUCAGUUGGAGGCUGAUCUGAACUUGAUGUUUGAAAAUGCCAAGCGCUACAACGUUCCCAAUUCUGCCAUCUAUAAAAGAGUACUGAAAAUGCAGCAGGUUAUGCAGGCAAAGAAGAAGGAACUUGCUAGGAGAGAUGAUAUUGAGGAUGGGGACAGCAUGAUUUCUUCUGCUACAUCUGAUACUGGAAGCUCAAAAAGGAAAAGUAAAAAGAAUAUACGAAAGCAACGAAUGAAGAUCUUAUACAACGCAGUUCUGGAAGCUCGAGAACCAGGCACAGGCAGACGGCUAUGUGAUCUGUUUAUGGUUAAGCCAUCCAAAAAGGACUAUCCAGACUAUUAUAAAAUUAUCUUGGAGCCAAUGGACUUGAAAAUGAUAGAACACAACAUCCGGAAUGAUAAGUACAUAGGGGAAGAAGCCAUGAUUGAAGACAUGAAGCUCAUGUUCCGAAAUGCAAGGCAUUAUAAUGAGGAAGGCUCCCAGGUAUACAAUGAUGCCCAUAUGCUGGAAAAGAUCCUUAAAGAAAAAAGGAAAGAACUGGGGCCCCUAGCUGAAGAUGAUGAUGUUGCGUCCCCUAAACUAAAGCUAAGUAGAAAAAGUGGCAUUUCUCCUAAAAAAUCAAAAUACAUGACUCCAAUGCAACAGAAAUUGAAUGAGGUGUAUGAAGCAGUUAAGAAUUACACUGAUAAACGAGGCAGGCGACUGAGCGCCAUCUUCUUGAGGCUGCCAUCUCGGUCUGAACUUCCUGACUAUUAUGUGACCAUCAAAAAGCCUGUUGACAUGGAAAAGAUCAGAAGUCAUAUGAUGGCAAAUAAAUACCAGGAUAUUGAUUCCAUGGUAGAAGACUUUGUAAUGAUGUUCAAUAACGCUUGCACAUAUAACGAGCCAGAAUCUUUGAUUUAUAAAGAUGCCCUGGUCCUGCAUAAAGUUUUGCUUGAAACUCGGAGAGAGAUAGAAGGAGAUGAGGAUUCUCAUGUGCCCAAUGUCACUUUGCUGAUUCAGGAACUUAUCCAUAACCUUUUUGUAUCUGUUAUGAGCCACCAGGAUGAUGAGGGCAGGUGCUACAGCGACUCCUUAGCUGAGAUUCCAGCUGUUGAUCCCAACUUCCCAAAUAAACCUCCUCUGACUUUUGAUAUUAUCCGAAAAAAUGUUGAAAAUAAUCGCUAUAGAAGAUUGGACUUGUUCCAGGAGAAUAUGUUUGAGGUACUGGAGAGAGCGAGGAGAAUGAACAGGACUGAUUCAGAGAUUUACGAGGAUGCGGUCGAACUUCAGCAGUUCUUUAUUAAAAUUCGAGAUGAACUUUGUAAGAAUGGAGAGAUUCUUCUGUCACCUGCUCUCAGCUAUACCACCAAGCAUCUUCACAACGAUGUAGAAAAGGAAAAGAAGGAAAAGCUGCCCAAAGAAAUAGAGGAGGAUAAGCUCAAAAGAGAGGAAGAGAAGAGAGAAGCUGAAAAGAGUGAAGAUUCGUCUGGAUCAGCUGGGCUGUCAAGCUUGCAUCGGACCUACAGCCAGGAUUGCAGCUUCAAGAACAGCAUGUACCAUGUAGGAGACUACGUGUAUGUGGAGCCUGCUGAAGCCAACUUGCAACCUCACAUCGUCUGUAUUGAGAGGCUGUGGGAAGAUUCAGCUGGAGAGAAGUGGCUCUACGGGUGUUGGUUUUAUCGACCAAAUGAAACGUUUCAUCUUGCAACACGAAAAUUCUUGGAGAAAGAAGUUUUUAAAAGUGACUAUUACAAUAAAGUUCCUGUUAGCAAAAUUUUAGGCAAAUGUGUGGUCAUGUUUGUCAAGGAGUAUUUUAAAUUGUGUCCCGAGAACUUCAGAGAUGAGGAUGUCUAUGUCUGUGAGUCACGUUAUUCUGCAAAGACUAAAUCUUUUAAGAAGAUUAAACUGUGGACUAUGCCUGUAAGCUCUGUAAGAUUUGUCCCACGAGAUGUGCCCCUGCCUGUGGUCCGUGUUGCUUCUGUGUUUGCUAAUGCAGACAAAGUGGAUGAGGAGAAACACGCUGAAACAUUGGAGGACAGUAAGGUGGGAGAAGGUAUCCUUCAUCUUGAAAAGGACAAAGAAGAUGUUCCGGUAGAAAUGUCCAAUGGAGAACCUGGUUGCCAUUACUUUGAACAGCUCUGCUACAAUGAUAUGUGGCUUAAGGUUGGGGACUGCGUCUUCAUAAAAUCACAUGGGUUAGUGCGACCUCGGGUAGGAAGAAUUGAAAAGAUGUGGGUGCGAGAUGGAGCUGCGUAUUUCUUUGGUCCAAUCUUUAUACAUCCUGAAGAAACUGAACAUGAGCCAACUAAAAUGUUCUACAAGAAGGAAGUGUUUUUGAGUAACUUGGAGGAGACCUGUCCGAUGACUUGCAUCUUGGGAAAGUGUGCUGUUCUGUCGUUCAAAGACUUCCUCUCCUGCAGACCAACAGAAAUCUCUGAAAAUGAUGUUUUUCUUUGUGAGAGCCGCUACAACGAAAGUGACAAACAAAUGAAGAAAUUCAAGGGGCUGAAGAGAUUUUCACUCUCUGCAAAAGUUGUAGACGAUGAAAUAUAUUAUUUUAGAAAACCCAUAGUUCCUCAGAAGGAACCAUCUCCACUACUGGAAAAGAAGAUUCAGCAGCUGGAAGCAAAAUUUGCUGAGUUGGAAGGAGGCGAUGAGGACAUGGAAGAGAUGGGAGAAGAGGAAGGUGAUAUGACUGAGACACCUUCUAUGCCUCAGCUUCAGACUCCGUUAGCUAGUGAAUUGGAUAUAAUGCCUUAUACUCCACCACAGUCCACUCCCAAGUCUGUUAAGGGCAGCACCAAGAAGGAGGGAUCAAAAAGGAAGAUCAACAUGAGUGGGUACAUCUUAUUUAGCAGCGAGAUGAGAGCUGUGAUUAAAGCUCAGCACCCAGACUACUCCUUUGGAGAGCUCAGCAGGCUCGUAGGAACUGAAUGGAGAAACUUGGAAGCAACAAAGAAAGCAGAAUAUGAAGAGCGGGCAGCUAAAGUUGCUGAGCAGCAGGAGAGAGAGCGAGCAGCACAGCAGCAGAAUUCCUCCCCCCGGGCAGGCACUCCUGUCGGGGCUCUUAUGGGGGUGGUGCCGCCACCAACACCAAUGGGAAUGCUCAAUCAGCAGUUGACACCCGUUGCAGGCAUGAUAAGUGGCUAUCCACCGGUGCUGCCACCUUUGCAGGGCCCAGUUGAUGGCAUUGUUAGCAUGGGCAGCAUGCAGCCACUUCACCCAGGGGUGCCCCCACCCCACCAACUUCCGCCAGGUAUGCCAGGCAUCCCAGGCAUCCCACCACCCGGUGUUAUAGGCCAAAAUGUGUCCCCCAUGGUAGGCACUCCAGCACCCGGCGCAAGUCCUUUUGGACAGCAGAUAGGAAUCCUUGGCCCGCCGGGACAGCAGGCACCCCCUCCGUACCCCGGCCAGAGCCCAGCAAGUCAGCCAGUUAUGCAGCAGCCCACAACUCCCAUGUUCGUCUCCCCUCCACCAAAGACACAGAGGCUUCUUCAUUCUGAAGCCUAUCUGAAAUAUAUUGAGGGGCUUAGUGCUGAAUCAAAUAGUAUUAGCAAGUGGGACCAGACCCUUGCAGCACGAAGACGAGAUGUCCACUUAUCAAAAGAACAGGAGAGCCGACUCCCUUCACACUGGUUGAAAAGUAAAGGGGCUCAUACCACAAUGGCUGAUGCAUUAUGGCGUCUGCGAGACUUGAUGCUACGAGACACCCUUAACAUCCGUCAGGCGUACAACAUAGAAAAUGUUUAGUUGCAUAAUUGCUUCUUUCUUUGAUACCGACAUAUAAGGAGUUUUGUGGAACAAUAGCUGUUUUAGUUACUGGGUGGGGAGAGAUAACCGACAAUAAUUUGUAUUGCAUUUUACUGUACAUUGCAAGACCAUUUUUAUAUAAGGACACUUUUAAUAAGCAUAUUUCACUUUUUGUUAUAUUAAGUUGACUUUAUCAAAUACACGGAUUUUUGCAUAUGUUUUCUUUGUUUGAAAGGCGAUUUCAUAAUUGGUUAAGUGUAGUCAAGGAUUCAUCUUUCUUAUACUUUAUUGCUGAGAAUCUGAUGCCAUUGUUUUUAUAUAAA